GAGAAAGCGCCUUUCAGCCGCCAGCCCGCCGCCUUCCCGCCCACCCCGCCUCUGCCGCUCCGACAUCUUCUGCCUGAGCCCGCCCGCCCGCUAAUAAACACGUAGUGCUCGCCCUCGUCCCUUCUCCCCUCAGCUGGGCAGCGCCAGGGGCUGCCGCGGCGGCGGCGGGGCGGGAGAGGGGGCAGGAGAACGCGGCUCCCCCCUAUCCCCGCCUGACCGCCCUCGCCGCCGGGCGCCGGGGACUGAGGGGCGCGGGAGGGGGGGGGGGGGGGGGGAGGGGCGGCGCGCGCGGCGCGAGGGGCCGGGAGGGCUGAGGAGGGGGGCGCGGAGGAGGAGGAGGGGACUCUUUCUCCGGGCGGAGGGAUCGCGCUCGCUCGCGCUGGCUGGCGGCGGCGGCGGCGGCAGCGGCGGCGUUGGCGGCGGGUUGCUGUGAGUUGUUGUUUCCUCCUCCUGCCCGUGGGUUGAAUGGUGGAGCCGAGACUCUUCCUGGUGAACGAACAGUGACAGCUACCGGGCGGGCGGACGCGUUUCGCUGGGACCCGACGCUGCCGCGGAGCGCGGCCCGAGCCCCCCCCCCCUUCCCCCCCUCCCCUCCUCGUUUUUCGCCUCGCCAUGUCCGGGGACGGCGGCAGCAGGCACACGGCGGAGCUGCGAGCGGAGCUCUACUUCCUCAUCGCUCGCUUUUUGGAGGACGGACCCUGCCAGCAAGCGGCUCAGGUCCUGAUCCGAGAAGUGGCGGAGAAAGAGCUGCUGCCCAAGCGUACGGACUGGACGGGCAAGGAGCAUCCCCGGAGCUACGAGAACCUGGUGAAAUACUACAGACACUUGGCACCUGAUCACUUGCUUCAAAUAUGCCAUCGACUUGGACCACUUCUAGAGCAAGAAAUUCCCCAAAGUGUCCCUGGAGUGCAGACCUUAUUAGGAGCUGGCAGACAGUCUUUGCUUCGUACAAACAAAAGUUGCAAACAUGUUGUAUGGAAGGGAUCUGCUCUUGCUGCACUACAUUGUGGGAGGCCUCCAGAGUCCCCUGUAAAUUAUGGUAGUCCACCUAGUAUAGUGGAUACCCUAUUUUCAAGAAAACUAAAUGGAAAGUACAGACUUGAACGCCUUGUUCCAACUGCAGUCUAUCAACACAUGAAGAUGCACAAACGAAUUUUAGGACACUUGUCUUCUGUAUACUGUGUAACUUUUGAUCGGACUGGCAGGCGAAUAUUUACUGGAUCAGAUGAUUGCCUUGUAAAAAUCUGGGCAACAGAUGAUGGAAGGUUGUUGGCUACCCUGAGAGGGCAUGCAGCUGAAAUAUCUGACAUGGCAGUGAACUACGAAAACACCAUGAUAGCUGCUGGAAGCUGUGAUAAAAUGAUCAGAGUUUGGUGCCUUCGAACUUGUGCACCCUUAGCAGUUCUGCAGGGCCACAGUGCAUCUAUAACAUCAUUGCAGUUCUCUCCACUGUGCAGUGGCUCAAAGAGAUACUUAUCUUCAACCGGGGCAGAUGGAACAAUAUGCUUUUGGCUGUGGGAUGCUGGCACCCUUAAAAUAAAUCCAAGGCCAGCGAAGUUUACAGAACGCCCUCGGCCUGGAGUCCAAAUGAUCUGUUCUUCUUUUAGUGCUGGUGGAAUGUUUUUGGCCACUGGGAGUACAGAUCACAUCAUUAGGGUUUAUUUCUUUGGAUCAGGUCAGCCAGAGAAGAUAUCAGAGUUGGAGUUUCAUACUGACAAAGUUGACAGCAUUCAGUUUUCUAAUAGUAGUAGCAGAUUUGUGAGUGGAAGCCGUGAUGGAACAGCACGAAUCUGGCAAUUUAAGCGAAGGGAAUGGAAAAGCAUUUUGUUAGAUAUGGCUACUCGCCCAGCAGGACAAAGUUUACAAGGAGUUGAAGAUAAAAUCACAAAGCUGAAAGUGACCAUGGUGGCAUGGGACCGCCAUGACAACUCUGUUAUAACUGCAGUAAAUAAUAUGACUCUGAAAGUUUGGAAUUCUUUCACUGGCCAGCUCAUUCAUAUUCUCAUGGGACAUGAAGAUGAAGUGUUUGUACUUGAACCGCAUCCAUUUGAUCCAAGAGUUCUUUUCUCUGCUGGACAUGAUGGAAAUGUCAUAGUUUGGGAUUUGGCAAGAGGGGUCAAAAUCCGGUCUUACUUCAACAUGAUUGAAGGACAAGGACAUGGUGCAGUUUUUGACUGCAAGUGCUCUCCUGAUGGACAGCAUUUUGCAUGUACUGAUUCUCACGGUCACCUUCUGAUUUUUGGCUUUGGUUCCAGUAGCAAAUAUGACAAGAUAGCAGAUCAGAUGUUCUUUCAUAGUGAUUAUCGGCCCCUUAUCCGUGAUGCCAACAACUUUGUCCUGGAUGAACAGACACAGCAGGCUCCACACCUUAUGCCUCCCCCAUUUUUGGUUGAUGUGGAUGGCAACCCUCAUCCUGCAAGGUAUCAAAGACUAGUUCCUGGUCGUGAGAACUGCAGGGAGGAACAGCUUAUUCCUCAGAUGGGAGUGACAUCUUCAGGAUUGAAUCAAGUUCUUAGUCAACAAGCAAAUCAAGAGAUCAGUCCGUUGGAUAGCAUGAUUCAAAGACUUCAGCAAGAGCAGGACCAGAGACGUUCUGGGGAGGCAGGAACCAGUAGUACCACCCGGAUAAGCAGAGGAUCUGUAAGUUCUACCUCAGAAGUACAUUCACCACCAAAUAUAGGAUUAAGACGUAGUGGACAAAUUGAAGGUGUGCGUCAGAUGCAUAGCAACGCACCAAGAAGUGAAAUAGCCACUGAACGGGACCUUGUGGCUUGGAGUCGAAGAGUUGUAGUGCCUGAACUGUCUUCUGGUGUGGCCAGUAGGCAGGAAGAAUGGAGAACAGCAAAGGGAGAAGAAGAAGUAAGGGUGUAUCGAUCAGAAGAGAAAAGAAAACAUGUAACGAGUCACAUUCAAAGAGAAAACAAAAUACCUACUUUCGCUAAGAAUCAUUCUCACGAUCAUUUACUAGACACUAGCGACUCAAGAAAACAGCAAGCUAAUCAGCACAACUACCGUACGAGAUAUGCAGUAGAAGAAACAGCAAGGCCUGCUGAGGAGUUAGAAAAUGGACAUAGUUCCUCAGAUGAAGGGGAAGUAGUUGUUGCCAGUGGUGGAACGUCAGAAGAUGACGAAAGAGCAUGGCACAGUGAUGGCAGUUCUAGUGACUACUCUAGUGAUUAUUCUGACUGGACGGCAGAUGCAGGAAUCAAUUUGCAACCACCAAAGAAAAUUCCUAAAAUUAAAACAAAGAAAGCAGAAAGUAGUUCAGAGGAUGAAGAAGGACCUGAAAAACAAAAGAAGCAGAUUAAAAAGGAAAAGAAGAAAGGGAUGGAGGAGAAAGAUGGACCAUCAACAUCACCAAAGAAGAGGAAACCCAAAGAGAGAAAACAAAAGAGGCUGGCUGUAGGAGUUCUGGCAGAAAAUGGUUUGACACUGGAAGAAUGGCUGCCUUCAGCAUGGAUUACAGACACUGUUCCUCGUCGGUGCCCAUUUGUGCCACAGAUGGGGGAUGAGGUCUACUAUUUCCGACAAGGUCAUGAAGCAUAUGUGGUAAUGGCCAAGAAGAACAAAAUAUAUAGUAUUAAUCCCAAGAAACAACCAUGGCAUAAAAUGGAAUUACGGGAGCAAGAGCUAAUGAAAAUUGUUGGGAUUAAGUAUGAAGUAGGAUUGCCUACUCUCUGCUGUCUUAAACUAGCUUUUCUUGACCCUGAUACGGGUAAACUAACUGGAGGAUCAUUCACCAUGAAGUACCAUGAUAUGCCAGAUGUCAUAGAUUUCCUAGUUUUGAGGCAGCAGUUUGAUGAUGCAAAACAUAGACGAUGGAAUAUAGGUGAUCGUUUCAGGUCAGUGAUAGAUGAUGCUUGGUGGUUUGGAACAAUUGAAAGCCAGGAACCUCUUCAGCCUGAUUAUCCUGAUAGCUUAUUUCAGUGCUACAAUGUCUGCUGGGACAACGGUGAUACUGAGAAGAUGAGCCCUUGGGACAUGGAGCUGAUACCAAGUAAUGCUGUAUUUCCAGAAGAACUGGGAACUAGUGUUCCUUUAACAGAUGACGAACGUAGAACGCUGCUCUACAAACCUCUGGAUGGAGAGUGGGGUUCCAGGACCCGAGACGAGGAGUGUGACAGAGUUAUUGCAGGGAUAAACCAGCUCAUGACUCUAGAUAUUGCUUCUGCAUUCGUGGCACCUGUGGAUCUUCAGGCUUACCCCAUGUAUUGCACUGUUGUGGCGUAUCCCACAGACCUCAGUACCAUUAAACAAAGACUGGAAAGCAGAUUUUACAGGCGCCUUUCUUCAUUAAUGUGGGAAGUCCGGUACAUAGAACAUAAUACUCGCACAUUUAAUGAACCUGGAAGUCCUAUUGUCAAAUCUGCCAAAUUUGUCACAGAUCUUCUGCUACACUUCAUAAAAGACCAGAGUUGCUAUGACAUAAUCCCGUUAUACAACGCAAUGAAGAAGAAAGUGUUGUCUGACUCUGAGGAGGAAGAAGAGAAAGAUACAAACGUGCCAGGAACUUCCACUAGAAAAAGAAAGGAUCAUCAGCCAAAGCGGCGGCUACGUAAUAGAGCUCAGUCAUAUGACAUUCAGUCAUGGAAGAAGCAAUGUCAGGAGCUGCUAAAUCUCAUUUUUCAGUGCGAAGACUCAGAACCGUUCCGACAACCAGUGGACCUACUUGAAUAUCCAGAUUAUAGAGAUAUUAUUGACACUCCUAUGGAUUUUGCUACUGUUAGAGAAACACUGGAAGCUGGCAACUAUGAGUCACCGAUGGAGUUAUGUAAGGAUGUGAGACUUAUUUUCAGCAAUUCCAAGGCCUAUACACCAAGUAAAAGAUCAAGGAUUUACAGCAUGAGCUUGCGCCUUUCUGCUUUCUUUGAAGAACACAUAAGUUCUAUUUUAUCGGAUUAUAAAUCUGCCCUACGCUUUCAUAAAAGAAAUACAAUAAAGAAACGAAGGAAAAAAAGAAGUAGAAGCAGCUCAGUUUCCAGUAGUGUGGCAUCCAGCCCUGAAAGGAAGAGGAGAUUAAUAAAACCUCAUCUGAAGGCAGAAACUUCUGCCACCUCUUCAUGUUCUGCACCUGCACGGUCAACAGCGCCGAGACACGCUCCACCUCAGAUGAAUGGAAAAGCAGCUGAAACCUCUUCCCUUGUGCGGACUAGAAGCAAUAGGGGGGUAACAGAUGUGGCUGUUACAGAGCAACCAUCUACUUCUUCAGGAGCAAAGCCUUUAACAAUAAAGCCUUUAAUUACAAAGUCUACUACUACUGCAGGGUCAGGAAAGUCAGUACUGGAGAAUUCAACCAAACAUUCCAAGAGCCAGAAUAUUGUGUCAAUCCCUAGUCAGUCUGAUUACAGUCAUAACACUAGGAAUAACUCCACAAGAGAAAAUCCUGAGAAAGAGAAACAAAUCAAGCGCAAAGUAAAAUCUUCCACUGUUAAUCAACAAGCAGAUUGCAAGAAUAACGCUUUGGCAUCAGGAAGCGUCCAGGUAAACGGACAUGGAGGACAGCCUUUGAAACCUCCGGUUAAAAGAGGUCCCGGACGGAAACCGAAGGUGGAGACGACUAACAGUAGCUGUGAAGUGGUGCACAAGAAAAGAGGCCGAAAACCAAAAAAGCUACAAAUUGUUGAACAGCAAAAGGUUGCAGAGCAGAAUACAAUCCAGACUGCAAGGGAUAUACCAGAAGAAGCCUCUGCUUCUACCGCAUGCAAUUCUCUUUCUGAAAAUAAUAUGAAGGAAGACUUGUUACAAAAAAAAGGCCGUGGGGGUAGAAAGCCAAAAAGGAAGAUAAAGACCCAUCAGCCAGGCUCGGACCUCUUAGUUCCUGCAAAUGUAAAAAUGCAAACAAGAAGCAGGAGGAAAAAGAUAGAUGAGCCUAUGGAGGAGGGCUCUGAAGAGCUUAAAGAUUCUGAGCCUCACAUGAGAACUAGAAACCAGGGUAGGAGGACAGCCUUUUACAAUGAAGAUGACUCUGAGGAAGAGCAACGGCAGCUAUUGUUUGAAGACACCUCCUUAACUUUUGGAACAUCUAGCCGAGGCAGAGUCCGAAAGUUGACUGAAAAAGCAAAAGCUAAUUUAAUCGGUUGGUGAUUUUUACCAAGGGUUUUACUUCAGAAUGCUAUGAAGCAGGUACAGUUAAGGAACAGCAGAACAGACUUCUGCUUCCCUGCUGCUAUUAUGGGUUAGAAGAACAUGUUCUGAUUUGGGGAGAAAAAUCUAGCAAAAAAUAAACUGAAAGAACAUUCUUUGAAAGAAAUAUAUAUUUUAAACUUUUGCUAUUUAUUGCCCUCCAAAUAGGUUAUGCAUUUCAACAGUCAUUUUGUUCACAGUUGAGAGUAAUUGAAGCAAUUUCUGACUGACGUACAGAGUUGAGAACUACUCUGUUUUAGUAGUGCGUAGUAUCUCUACACAAUUAAAAAAAAGGUGAUAGAACUUUUAAUGCCACAAACUGAAAACGGAAGUCUUAUUUUUGACCAAGCAAGGUACACUUUGAUUGUAAAGUCAACUUGCCUAGGAAGGCAGAUUUUGGCAAACAGUGGCAGUAAUUCACUUACAUUUCUGUUAAAUACAGAAAUACCAAACUUAAAUCUCAAAACGCUUAAUUUCAGUUGUGAUGGAACAUUCAACUGCAAAAGGAGCCUAGCACAGGCUGUUGGUUUAUCCAAGUUCUGCCAAACAUAGCAAAAAUGUAAACAAAAUAUAUAUAUAUAUCCACAUUGGAAAAAGUUUGACUAAUGUCUAAUUUUUCAGACCUUGAUUCUUGUAUCAAUCACUAAAUCUCUGUUUAUUGUGCCAAAGACUGAGAAUCAGUGCAGUGGAAAGCCUUUUUUUCUUUUUGAGUGUCAGUACAGCAUACCAUUUGCAGUGAUAAAAGCUGUGUAUUGUUUUAAAUAGUAAGUUGUUAACAUUGUUCUGAAAUGUAUCCUUUUUGGUACUUUUGGUAGAAAAUAAUGCACUGGUGGGGUCCUUUGACAGAGAUGUUUUAGACAAAAUGUAUAAUUGGUUAAAGGAUUCAAGGAAAUUACAGGACAGGUAUGGAAUGAUGAUGUUUACUUUCUGAUCCAGAUUGAUUGUUGUUUCUACAACUUUAGACAUGCUUAAGAGGCUAAAAUGACCUACAAAGAAGAGUGUAUGUGUAUAUAUUAGUAUAUACAUAAACACAUACAUAUAAAAUAUUACCCAGGUAUAAAUUUUUUUCAGGAUUUUUUAGAUAGCACUAGAAUUGAAAAUAAAUUUUAAAAUGUCAUACUUUAUAGUUUAAUUUUAAGGGGAAGAUUGGUUAUUUUCAAUUAUUAAGGUUAAAAGGCCAAAUCACUUUUUAUGCAAUCAUGUUUUAUACAGUGGUCUCAUUGCACAUUGUGUUUUUCUGCACUUUUUAUGGUAUAUCACGCUGACAUAAGUCAAUAUACACCCUAAAGAAAAAUUCCAUUUAAUGAUUGUGCCUUGUAUUCUAUUAUUUCUUGCAUCCUUAGUAAAAUUAAGUUGUCUAUUGUAAAUGAUAACUAUAUGACUUAGGGGAAUGUAUUGUUAUAUGUACUGCUCUGGAAAAGAAAAGCAGUUAUUUAUUUGUUUAUGGUACAUUUAGUUAUUUUAUACCUUUGCAAACAAACUUUAAUACCAUUUUCUAUCACUUAAAAAAAAGUAUUGUCCAGUUUUAAGGAAAAAAAUACGGAAGUAGUCAUAUUUUCUGAGAUCUGGUAUGGUACAAAAAUGUAACCAAAAUUUUCUGGGUUUACAUUAUUUUGCAGGUUUGGAUAGUGUGAAAGUUCUGUGGGUUUGGGUUUUUUUUUUUGGUUUUUUUUUGGUUUGGUUUUGUGUGUGUGUGUGUGUGUGUGUGAUCUAACUUAGUUGAAAAAAUAAACCUGAAAUGAAACCUCAAAUCUGUACACCCUUAGUUAAUAAUAACUCUGGGGUGGGGUGGGGUGGUGUUUGUUUGUUUUUUGGUUUUGUGUUUGAUUUUUUUUUUUUUUUUUACAAACAUCAUCUGCAAUACCUGGAAGGGAGGGCAUACAGAAUUAAGACCUUAAAUUUGCACAGAUUCUGUAUACUUAUUUGAAGUCUGAUUCUUCACACUUCUAUUUUCUGUUACCAAAAAAAGCUUAAAUUUUUGAACACAGAACAUUGGUAUUUGGCACCAAGGGGAAUAAAAAUAUGCUACUGUGGAGAGCAAAUUAGUAUCCACCAUACCUAGUUUUCAUUAUGCAUUUUGCUACAAAAAAUGAUGAAAAUGUUUUCCAGAUCCUCUUUGAAUUGUUAUGGAUAUGAAUUUGGGGAGCAGGGAUUAGUUUGCAUUUCAUUUGUUGAUAUAUUUAUUUUUUUCUAACAAAUACUUCUUUAUCAUUCAGUUAAAACAGUGUCACUAAACAUGAGAUAAGAUAACAAGCUAUGGUUGUGCAGUUGCAAUGCAGCUUCACAAUUCACAGCUAAUUGAUUCUACUUGUUAAUUUUGUCAAGUCUCACUGAUGAAGGCAAUCAUUUGAAAAUGUGUAAUUUCCUGAUGUUAUCUGCAUUGUAAUAUAUGAAAUAGAUUAUAUCUAAAAUUGAACUUCUGUAUUUACUCCAUUUGUAAUAAUGUUUUAUAUGGCAUGUUUGUGUAUAUAUUUAUAUAUCAAAAAUACCUUGUAUGUAAGUUUCGGAGCCUGAAAUAAUAUGUGUUCCCUUAACAGUAAGUAGAAAAUUGUACAUCUUAAUUUUAUGAGAAUAGAAGGCCUUACUUGCAGAACAUGGGUACUGCUUCCCACCCAGUAAUAUCGGUGACUUUAGCCAGUAAUUUUUUAAUUCGUAUUAGACACAUCAAUGUUUUUCCUUUUAAAAUAAAUAGUGGAUAAUUUGGGUCAAAUUUUUUUAUAGAAGCAACGCUAGAAAAUUAUUAGAAAUUAAUACCAGAUUUAUUUAAAAGUUAUAUUUUUAUAAUUUAAUUUCACUAGGUUGCAAACUUUAUUUAUGAGACUUUAGUCACCAUCAGACUGUGCAUUUUGGUCGGGGAAAAAGGUGUUAUUAGAGGUUGUUGUAAUAUACUGUAUCAACACAGAAAAAGAGCUUUUGAUUACAAAGUCUUAAGUUUUUUAAUGUGAGCAAUAAACUAUUGGUCAGUGUUCUGAAAUAAUUUAAGAACUGUAGUUACAUGCAUGUUUUAUAAUGCCAUCGCAAAUACCUAACAACUGGUUCAGAAAAUGGAGUAUCAAAAUCUCAUGUGCUUGUUUCACAUUUGCAUUGUAAAUAACAUAGGUUCAUAGUCACAUACACGCAAACGAUCUUACAGACCUGGCAGCAAUUAACACAGUUUAAGUCAUUAACUUCAUUUCUAUUUGACGUGGAUAUGAGGAUAUGGUUCUGGUAUUUCUACUCUAUACUGGGAAACGUUAAAAUUGGUAUAUACCGCUGAGUGGUAUCUUAAUAGCAGUGUGUUCCCUAACUGCCGAUGAGGAAAUAAGUUCUGUUUCUGUGAUACCAGUGUGCUCUAAAUGUUUGACGGAAAUCAUUGUACCUGUGCCUACAUACUUAACAACGCUCUAACCGCUUUGUUUCUGUUGUUAGUGUGUUCCCUGGGAACUGAACUUCAAUUUUACCACUGUAGUGUUCAUUAUUGUCAAUAUUGAACUAGAGCUCUUUGUCACUCGGCAAUGACCAGUGAUACAACUUUACGGAAAAAUGUCUUCCUCCAGUGAUUUGACUGCUGUGAUAUAGAUUUACAUAUGUUUAUUUGUACAGUGUCCGGUUUGUACAUGUGACCAGUCUGUUGAUAGACUUGUAAGAUUGAGUUGGUUGAGUUAAAUAUUACUAUGGCUUAAUAUUUGUAAAACUCUUAAUUGAUAAAGGACCCUGAUGCAGCACGUAGGAUAAUAUUAAUAUCUAUAAAAAAAUAAAUUGUAGUAUAGAGACAACUUACUGUAUUGCUGUACAAAUAUUUUUUCAAGGACCAGUUCUGAUUCUGUGCCCAGAGGCUUUUGUCUUACCAAAAAAACGACUACGUAAAACAAAAAAUAGUCUGUCCAUUCAGUAACUUCAAGCUUGUUACAAUUUUUAUACCACAUUGUUAAAUCUUUUUGCUCACAUUUGUCGGAUCAAGGACUACAAGUAAAUGCUUUAGCGUGUAAUUUGAAUUUAGGCACACGUUAAAUGGUUGGCUGGUUCUAUAAAAGCAAUAGGCUUAACUGGACGGGACCCUUUCACCCUGCACUUCGUAGUAGAUGGGAGGUUAGAAGUUCCUAAGCUCGCUUUCAUCAGCAUUCGCAUUUGAUUUGAAGCAUGCAGAUCUUGCUGAGAUAAUUUUAACAUAUUGUUGGUCAAUCAAGAUACAGCCAUACCACAAUAGUUACACUGUGUCCCAAGUCCUUACCUUACUCUGAAGUAGUAUAUUUUAUCCACAGUGUUUUUUCAAAGGUUUGGGGUUUUGGUUUUUUUUUUUGAGGGGGGUGGGGGUGGGUUGGUUUGUUGUUGUUUAAGAGCUGAGUGUUUAACAAGAAGUGAAAUACAACUGGAACAGUGCUACAGAUGUGCUGUGAUACAGAUGGUAGAGUCACCUUAGAAACAGCAAAAGCUCAUUUUCUGUUUACUACCUAAUGAAGACAAAUUAACUGUGUAAAAUUAUUAUAUAUUUUCUUUUAUCCCUGCAGUACUUGUAACAGAUUGGUUUCCAAGGGGACCUAGAUAUUCAACCGAUAAAAGGGCUGUUAGUUUUCCGCUGUAAAUUGCUGUAUAUACAUCCUUGUUCAUAUGCAGAGGAAAGUGUAUUAAAUUUCAUAAAAUUGGCCAAGGCUUGACAAUGUGUUUCCAAUAACAAAUCUGGUAUUGACAGCUUACAGAGUUUCCUGGUUUUGAAUCGGGAAUACGGCUUGUACACUUUCUGCUGUGUCUGGAGGAAAUAACAGGUAGCUUUUAAACUAGAGCUAAUCUCUAGGUGCACUUGCAUUUUUGCUAAUUUUAAUGUGGGAAUUCACUGUGUCAUUUUUACAGUGUGUUAGAGGAGGAAACACACCAGAAAGACUAGAUUAAAAGACAUCUUAAAUGGCAGAAAAAAAAUUAUUAGCUGCUUUUUUUUUCCUCUCCUUUUCCCAAGGUUAUAACAGCCUCGAGGCAUCUAUAGAGAAACCUUAUAUGCUGCAAUAAAAUAAAGGUGAAUAAAUUUAGCUUUUAGGCGGUAGGUAGUGAGGCAAGUAGUCAUUUGGAUCCUUUUAAUGCAGAUAAAUACAUCAGGAAAUUAACUUCAAAUAAUGCAAACGAUAUAUUUUAGGGAGGGAAGGUAGUACUAUACUAUGAAUUUCUGCCCUGAAAGAACCAAGAAUGAGGUCGUACAAAUUAGGAGUAGAAAGAAAUCUGGAGUACCUAUCGUGUACACAUGCCUGUAUGACGUACGUGUCCUGCUCUGUGCUUACAGCUGUGUGUGUUGGUUUGCUAAUACACGGAGACCGUACAGAAGUUACAUUUUUGGACCAUACUGAAACUGCAGAAGUGUGGUGGACAACUGGAUAAUGAUCUUGUGUGAAUUAAAUUCUGUCAUAAUGUUUAAAUAUGUAUAGAACGGAGCUCAACUUCAAGGAAAUGACCUAGAAAGGUUAAUUUUGAAACUGACACAUUUUCAGAUUUAAAAUUACGCUUAUUUUGUACAGAAUUAUGUAAAACACGAAUCUGUUGUAUGUAAUGAGUAACAGUUUUGAAAACUAUAAUUCUUUAGCUUUAUCAAGGUUUUUUUCCUUCCAGAAAUCUAGAUUAUCAUGUUAUAACCUGAAGUAUCUCACCAGGAUAACAGUGCCCUUUCUUUUUGUACAUAUGGAUUGGAAAUUUCUUUACUGUUAUGUGGACACUUUCUAUGUUAGUUUUGAUGCAUAAUACUUUGAAUCCUUUUAUACAAACUAGAAUGUAUGUGUAAGAAUUACUGUCACUGCAAUGUAGUAACUACAAACUUAUUUUUAAAUAAAUAGAAAACAUGUUUUUCUAAGCUGUCCAACA